AUGCGUAAAAAAACACACACCCCUUUGUUGGUGGUGUACCUGAUAAUCCUAAUUUGCGUCCUACACAGUUCACUAGAAUGUGUGAAUGUAACUCCUCAGAGGAGGAAGUGGGCAACGGUUAGAAGCUCGAGACAGGAAAAGGAACAAAGGAGAAACAAAAACAAUCGCAUGAGGUGUACCAAUUUGUACAUUACCAACGGUGGAGUGAUACGAAAAAGGCAAAAACAGAUUUGUAAAAAUUUCUUCAAAUUGUAUAGAGGGCGUGGAACGACAUGUUCAUACGAAUGGACAGAAAGAGAUGAGAAUGUGGAGGUGAAGAUAUGUUUAGCACCGGAUGUUACAUCUGAUGAUAUUCAAUGCACAUUAAGAAGUGAUUACAUAUUUGCUAAGCUGAAAAACAAACCACAGAGUCUUAUAGAAGGGAAGCUAAAAGGGCAGGUUGAUUUAAACCAGUCUACGUGGUUCCUCGAAAAGUAUAAAGACUACUCCCUUUUUAUUAUUCAUUUGAAGAAGAAGGAUAAAGGAAUAAACGAAUGGGUAGGGGUAGUGGAAAAGGAAAAUAUUCUUCACGUAUCAUAUGAUAACGCUUCUUCAACAGAUAAUGAGUUUAGUGCAGCCAAACAUGUAAGUACCCAACCAGGUGAUGUACUCCUUAAGCAAAUAUUCCCCAAUGCCAAGGCUGAUGAUGUGUUUAGUUUUGUCCUCAAGUGGGCAAACACUAAAUCUAAUGGGCCAAGCGAGUUUGGUAUCCCCAGGAUGAAAUUAAAAACGACCGUUAUGAAUGAUCAGCACGAAAUAGAAAUUAUCAUUUCAGGGUAUGACUUAAAGUGGGAGGCAGAAGACAGCUUGAUAAUAAAAUUUACUUCGUUACAAAAUGGAGUAGAAGUUGUUGUACAUAGAGGGAAGGUAGCUAGUGGUGUUAGAGGUGUACAUGGAAACAUGAUCAGUUUUUUAGUUAAAGAAUGCGAAAAUAGAAUAUUGAAAAAGCUACAACAUGAUUUGAAGGGAGUCUUUUAUUUAAAUCCUAUGUCACAAAAGGUAGACACACUUAUGCAUGGACAUACACCCCAGACUAAUUAUAAUUAUGUGUCGAGUGAUAAGGUGGGCCCACAACACAUCUCCAUUAAUAAGGAAGAGGCAAAUGAAAAAUGUGCACACAGUAGUAACAUCAACACGGUAAAUGAUCCUCAAGGAGCAACGAAAAGGGACCAGGUAAAACAUAUAAAGAAAGAUUCCCCACAGGAAGAACUAAUCGUUGAAGAAUUGAAACUCCAUGCCAAGGUAAACCUAACAUGUGAUGAUAAAUCUAAAGAACCAGCAUUUAUGAAAAACUGGUCAGAGGAAAAAAAGGUAGAGUUCAGACGAAACUCAGUUUUGCAGUUAAAAAAAAAUUUAGAAAUGUCCCAGGAGAAUAAACUUAUUAUGAAGCUCGAGGACUACGUCAAUUACAUGAAGAUGUGUUUUGACCUGACAGAUGAGGAGGCGAAGUUGGUUUGGAAGAAGGGCAUGGCAAAAUCAGACGAACAGAAAAGCAAGGAACGCUUUUACAGAUUCAUGGAGGUCGAGAAACUCACUGAUAGGAUAGGUGUGGUGGUUCCAGGGGGGGAAGAGGCUAACACAGAAGGUGGGGGGGUUGUUGAAGCGGAUGAAACAUUUUCCUAUUGCCAUACAGAGAAAAAUCCCUCCUUCACAGACUUAACGAAAAAGGACACGUUACAUGAUGAGGAAGGAAGAACAAGUGAAGACAGGGACCAAAAUAAUAUCAACAGGCGCUUCUUCAACUGUUUGGAGGAGGAAUUACUCGACCCAGAAGACAAGCCAAAAUUGACUUUAUACGAAAUAUAUAGCAAAAGUGACACAGGGGAAAAGGACAAAAUGAGGGAAAAAUGGAAAAUGAAUGAACUCAGAUUAAAUACGCUCAUUAAUGAAUUGGCUUACUCAGAGGAAGACAUGAUCCCUACUAUCUGCAACAACUACCGAGAUGUGCUACUGAGCGAUGAGUACGCUUGUCUCAUGCAAAUCAGGCUUCAAGAAUCACCCCCUCAAACUGAACAAGAUAAAAAAAUAUUAAAAAUAAUUAACUCGUUCGCAUUGAGUCUGUACGAUGAUAUAAAAAUUGUCAUGGAACAUGAGGAGAAAGAACAUUUAAAAAAAAUUCAACUCAUUUGUGAAAAGGCUGUGAAUGACGAGAAAGGGUUGAAUGAUUUUAUCGAGUCCAUGAAGCCCCUCCUCGAUUAUUCCUUCCUUGGUUAUAUAAAACAUGCCAUACGAAUGGAAAAGAAGAAACUCAAAAUGGAGAAUAAAGACUUCAGAGAGCAACCCUCAGAUUGGCUAAUCAUCCUAAUGAUUAUUCAAAAAGGAAUUUAUUCCAUUUUAGAAAAAGACAUAUGGGAAGACGUAAUUCACGUGACUACCAUUAUAUGCCAAGAGCAACCCAGUGUACGUAAGACCAUGCUGACCACUAUGGUUGCCUCCAUGCCGAAAGCGGACUGGAUAUUUUUUAAAGAUGUUAUUAAAACGAUAUACAAAUGUGUACAAGAAAGAAAACUCACAGCUAACCAUUUUCCUGACUUCCCUCAUAUCCCGGAAGCCAUUUUCCAGCUGAAUUAUGACAUUGAGAAAAUUUUGCCUGACUGGUUCAUAAAGGAAAUGCUGGACGAGUACGACAAGUCCGUGGUGGAGUUAAUGAAAUCGAGGAAGCCCCUGUUUUGGAAAAUGAAGGAGACCAACUGGGAUAAGAAGUUCGUGCAGGACUUCAAGCAGCUCCAGGUGCAGCAGUUCCGCCAGUACGAGCGCCACGCGGGUGGGGGGCCCACGUAG